AUGACAAUCUGUCCUGAAUGUUACGGUGUUGGUGAAGCUGUUAUUUCCUGUGGAUUUUGCGGUGCAUAUGUUUGUGAAGAAUGUUAUAUGCGUCAUCUCGUUAUGUGUGGUCCAGAUGAUGAAAAACAGAAACUAGAUGAAACAACAAAAGCUAGUCAAGUCGUCCGUUCAUCAACUAAUAAACUUCACGAGAUGUAUGCCAAAGCUAAAGAUACAAGUGUGCUCAUUCGGCUUCCAUGCACUUUAGCCGAAACAGUUGCUGAUAAAUCAUUAAAAAUUGCUGUUACAGUUGCUAAUCCCCUUGUCAAACCAUUAUAUGGACUUGUACAUGUAAUUGACGAUUAUGCUGUCGAAAAACUUCGUCAAAUUGAAUCUAAAUAUCCUGCUAUCAAUACAUCAACUGAAGAGGUUAUGAAUACAUUCAACGAAAAAACUGAAUCUGUUCAUCAUGUAAUGAAUUCAGUUAAGGAUACAACUACAUCAACAAUUCAACAUAGCAAAGAGAGUGUUUUUCAUAUAGCAACAUCCACAGUACAUAAGGCAUCUGAUGUAGCUGGUUCUGUCUUCUCAUUUUGUGAAACACAUGUACCAGGAAUCCAACAUCUUAAUGCCGGCAAAACAACAGAGUUAUAUGAACAUACUUGUUCAACUGUUAGUUCAUUAUUUAAUUAUGCAUUUCAUUCGGUUCAAUCAUCAUUAAUAUGGUCCAGAAUGUUGGCUGACACUAUUUUUUUAUAUCAACGUUAUAGUUGA